AAAGUAUAGAAUGUUUUUUAUAAAAAUCUUAGCUAAAUUCAAGUAGCUAAAAUAUUAUUUGAAUCAAGUUUAAGUAUCACUUAGUUACCCAUAGUAUAGUUAUACAACAUAGAUUUAUUUUGGAAAUGUGUUUAUAAUUUUCACAAUUGAUGUGAAUUUUAAUAGCUUGCUAUUAAUAGCUUGAAUUUAAUUGGUUCAUUUCUUCUUUUGUUUGAUUAAGCUUGAAGAUUCAAUCAAGAAGCUUCAAUCAUGUGGUUUGAAGAAACUAAACCGAUAAAUUCAGCAAGCAACCCAGCACUAAGUAAAACAAAAUCAUAUUUCCAUUCGACAUCAAGACACCAAUUGGGGAACGUUUCAGAUACCAACGUUGAAUAUGGAAUGGCAAUGAUGCAAUACCAUAUCUAAUGCAGAGUAAUGUUCCUUGUUUCAUAAUACUAGUUUCAUUACACUUCUCAAUACUUAUUAUAAUUUCUAAUGAGAUUAGUGGAUGGAGAGAUGAGAAAUUUUCAAUCACUGAUUAAUAUGAACUUGUUUUCUUUUCUAAUGUGAUAAUUACAGAGUAAUUGCGAGAUCAGGAUUUUCGAAACUGGUGCUCCAAUCACUUUUCUCAACUGGUUUUGCAUGCCGGAAAAAAUGAAUUUGAAUUUACUACGUUUAAUGAGUGUACUGCGAUUUGCUCCGGGCUGACUGGGAUCGCGGUAAUUUUUCUCCAGCUGGGAGAAACUACCUGUUAUCAAAAGAAAUGGAAAGUGACUACUUUGAAAAGGCGAGAAGAGUGACAAGGAAGAAAGCCGACUUGCCAGGGACUUGUCUAUUGCCCAUCACUUCCGAGCAGACUCAUUUUAAUGCCAGUCUUUCUGCAAUCACCCAACUGCACAGAAUGAGAUCGUUUUUAUUGUUUCCAGCAUUUUACUUGGUUGUGUUGACCGGUAGAGCAGAGGCAGGCGAAGGAAUUACAGCGUUCAGUUUCUUGCUAGGACAAGCCACCGACGACACAGUCCACCAGAUCCAUUUUCGGCCUGAGGACAGCGCCAAGUUCAGGAAGAAGUUCGAGGCCAAGCAUGGACCCAGAGGCAGUCUGCUUAUAGAAAAACUCGGCAGAGGCUACUCUGAGGAAGUUCCUUCUAUCCUGGAGGAUGAUCAUGCCAUUACCAAGCCACCAGUGAAGAAGGUGAAAAAUGUGAAGGCCAGAGGGAAGAAGAAUAUUGCAUUGACUACCACUGUAGGCACACCCACAACGAUCGCUCCAACCACCAUUGACUACUCAACGUUGGAGACGACUUACUCGACAGGCACUCCUUACGGCACCACUGAUUACUACCCUACCACUACAGACAUCUUCCAAUCAACAGUCCUACUGUAAAUGGGGGAGUGAAGACGCGAAUAUUGUGCCAUCGGAGUAGACUUGAAGCAAAGCAAGUUGCGACAACAUCAGCCAACAGCCAACAGUGUUGUAAUGAAUUGAUUAGGUAAGAUUUCAGUUGAAUGUCGAAAACGUGUUUGAAUUAAGCGACGACGAGCUGAAUUGAAGUGAAAGUGAGCGUCCGCUCUUUUCGCAAUCCGGUUACACUUUGAACUGUCAGCAUUGGGUGAAUGGGAAGCGGUAUAAGUGGGAUGCUGACAGUGAAUCUGCCAGAGUGCUAUGGUGAGAUUGGUUGAGAUGCACUUCAAAUUGUCAGAAUUGUUUGACUGGGGAGAGUUGAUGUUGUAAUGAAAAGUAAUGAUGAAAGUUUGAAGUGGAUCUUGGUGUAGUGGGUGGACUAGGCUACGGUACUCUAUUGGAAUCACGUGGCUGACGUUGACGCACCUAUUAAUUUCAUUCACGACUGUGAAAAUAUGAGGCUCGUUGUUUUUUAUUAAUUAGACUGCACUGUAAAAUUUUGGAAUGAUCGAAUUAAUUUUUCAUUUGUUGUAGUUGUAUUUUUAUUGUUUGAUAUUGAAUGAUUUGCCUGAACUGUUUGUUGAAUUUGAAGUUUAUAGUAUUUGUUACAAGUUUGGUAGCUUGUUUCUUGUAUGAAAAGUCUUGACAGGGAUUUGAACAUUAGUAAGAGUUGUUGGUAACACCCUGAAUUUCCUCCCUUCUCACUCUUAUUCCCGGAUUCUGCAAGCUCGGUCAAGACAUUUCAACAUGGUCAAAUCAGGUACUCUUUACAACGAGUACAUUAGAACAUAUGACUACUAUGGUAAUAGGUUUUACCUAUAGUUCUAGUGUUCACUUGCAAAUCGUACCCAGCUUGACCAGGACAAACGACUUGACGGAGCUUGGUGAAACCGAGCAUAAGUGUUGAUAAUAUCGCAAUCAUAUCCAUCAAUGUAAUAUCAACCUCCUUUGGAUAGAAAGAGCAAACUAAUCCUCAAUUUCAGUGUGUAUCUUGAAUAGAUAAAUGAGAUUCCUUGUAAAAAUAUUACUGAAGCUCUCUCUUGCUAUGUUAUUUUAAUUCAAACAGAACCUUAAGAUUUCUAUAAAAGCAUCUUAUAACCGAAGAAAUAUACCUUCAAAGCAUUGUAUUAAAUUUGUGAUUUGUUCAUUUAUGCUAAUAUUGUCUUGUUCUGUCUAAAUUCAUUCUCCUUAUAAUAUAAAUUGAACAGUUUACAUAAAAUCUUUUCCUGGGUAGCAAAACUUAUGCUAAUAUUGUCUUGUUCUCUGUUUAAAUUCAUUUUCCUUAUAAUAUAAAUUGAAAAGUUUACAUAAAAUCUUCUCUUGGAUAGCUCAAUAUAUUCACAAUAAAACUACUGAUGAUCAAAAAACAACUUUUUUUAGUGAAGUAUAGAAAAAUAUAUUAUGAAAAAUGAUAUUCAUACUAGACGAUAGAGUUUUAAUGAUCUAGUAUGUAGUAGAAUAUGUUCUAUUUUUCCACUUGAAGAGUCUAUUGUUUUCUAGAAUGUAGUAUAGCCUAAAUAAUAUAGGUAAGCAUAAAUCUAGAUGUUAGUG